ACCUCGCCGGCGACCAUGGCGACGCGGUACUGGAUCGCCGCCCUGCCCGUGCAGUCCGCCGACGGGGCCUCCAUCGCCGCCGCCAAGACCGCGCUCUGGGGCCGCCUCCAGGACUCCAUCUCCCGCCACUCCUUCGACACCCCGCUCUACCGCUUCACCGUCCCGGAUCUCCGCCCCGGCACGCUCGACUCGCUCCUCGCCCUCAGCGACGACCUCGUCAAGUCCAACAUCUUCAUCGAGGGCGUGUCGCACAAGAUCCGGAGGCAGAUCGAGGACCUGGAGCGCGCCGGAGGGGUCGAGAGCGGCACGCUCACCGUCGACGGCGUCCCCGUCGACUCCUACCUCACCAGGUUCGUCUGGGACGAGGGCAAGUACCCCGUCAACGCGCCGCUCAAGGAGACCGUCGCCAGCAUCCAGUCGCAGGUCGCCAAGAUCGAGGACGACAUGAAGGUCAGAGUUGCGGAAUACAGUAACGUUAAGAGCCAGCUCGGUGCAAUCAACAGAAAGCAAACUGGAAGUUUAGCAGUCCGGGAUCUUUCCAACCUGAUAAAGCCAGAGGACAUGGUCACUACGGAACAUCUAGUGACACUCCUUUCUAUUGUCCCUAAAUAUUCUCAAAAGGACUGGCUAGCAAGCUAUGAGUCACUUGAUACAUUUGUGGUUCCGAGAUCAUCGAAAAAGCUUUAUGAGGACAACGAGUAUGCUCUCUACACUGUCACAUUAUUUGCUAAGGUUGUUGACAACUUUAAGGUCCAUGCUCGUGAGAAAGGUUUCCAAAUCCGUGAUUUUGAGUAUAGUCCUGAAGCACAGGAAAGUCGGAAACAAGAGCUGGAGAAGCUGCUCCAAGACCAGGAACUUAUGAGGACCUCUCUCUUGCAGUGGUGCUAUGCCAGCUACAGCGAGGUAUUCAGUUCCUGGAUGCAUUUCUGUGCUGUUCGUGUCUUUGUAGAGAGUAUUCUGAGAUAUGGUCUGCCUGCUCGGUUCCUGUCUGUUGUUCUAGCACCGUCUACAAAGAGUGAGAAAAAAGUACGGAGCAUCUUGGAAGGGCUCUGCGGCAAUGCAAAUAGUAGCUACUGGAGAUCUGAAGAUGACGUGGGUAUCGCUGCUGGUCUCGGAGGCGAGACAGAGUCCCACCCUUAUGUCUCCUUCACCAUAAACUUUGUCUGAGCGCAGCGUUUUCUUUGCAAUUGGGUUCGAGCACCUAUAUUACCUUUUUGAGUAUAAUCCUAAAACCAUCGGAUGGUUCAGUGUAUAUUAUUUGUAAUGUGUCGAUUCUUUCUUGGUCUAUCGGUUUGUACUGUUCUGUAGGAGAUGAGCCGAUCAAUAAUGUAGAUUCCUGAAGAAGAACCUGAAACAUUUCCUCGCACAAAGUGGACCUUUUUUAAUCCUUCCUGCAGUACUGCAACUGCUAGGUUUUGUGCAGUAUUGUAUUAUUGGACCUUGGAAGCACUUGUGGAUACUACAUUCUUGUAACUUUGAUUUACCAGGUUCAUAAUAAAUUAUGUUGAAUAACCCAGUUCAUCGCUGGGCUUUUAUGUGA